UCGCGCGUUCUGUCCCUUUCCCGGCCGGCGGCCGAGGGGGCACGAUGAAGCGGGUGGGUGGCGCUGCCGCUCCCGGGCGGCCGCGGGCGGGGGAUGCCACCCGAGGACCCUAGGUGCUUCCCUAGGGCAUGAAAUCGGGCAAGAGUGCCCGUGGCAGCCGCUUCUCCGGGGGGCCCAGCCUCCCUGCCCCAGACGCCGCCACCGGGACCAGAAUGGAAACGACCUUUGGGCCUGCCUUUUCGGCCGUCACCACCAUCACGAAAGCCGAUGGGACUAGCACUUACAAACAGCACCGCAGGACUCCUUCCUCCUCCAGCACCCUCGCCUACUCCCCGCGGGACGAAGAGGACAGCAUGCCCCCCAUUAGCACUCCGCUCCGCUCCGACUCAGCCAUCUCCGUCCGCUCCCUCCACUCUGAGUCUAGCAUGUCCCUGCGCUCCACAUUCUCACUGCCCGAAGAAGAGGAGGAGCCGGAGCCACUGGUGUUUGCUGAGCAGCCCUCGGUGAAGCUCUGCUGUCAGCUCUGUUGCAGUGUGUUCAAGGACCCUGUGAUCACCACAUGCGGGCACACGUUCUGUCGAAGAUGCGCCCUGAAGUCAGAGAAGUGUCCUGUGGACAACGCCAAGCUGACGGUGGUGGUGAACAACAUCGCGGUGGCUGAACAGAUUGGGGAGCUCUUCAUCCACUGCAGGCACGGCUGUCGGGUGGCUGGGGGUGGGAAGCCCACCGUCUUCGAGGUGGACCCCCGAGGGUGCCCCUUCACCAUCAAGCUCAGUGCCCGGAAGGAACACGAGGGCAGCUGUGACUACAGGCCUGUGCGGUGCCCCAACAACCCCAGCUGCCCGCCCCUCCUCAAGAUGAACCUGGAAGCCCACCUCAAGGAGUGCGAGCACAUCAAGUGUCCCCACUCCAAGUACGGGUGCACAUUCAUUGGCAACCAGGACACGUAUGAGACGCACCUGGAGACCUGCCGCUUUGAGGGCCUAAAGGAGUUCCUGCAGCAGACGGACGACCGCUUCCACGAGAUGCACGUGGCAUUGGCCCAGAAGGACCAAGAGAUCGCCUUCCUGCGCUCCAUGCUGGGCAAGCUCUCGGAGAAGAUUGACCAGCUGGAGAAGAGCCUGGAGCUCAAGUUCGAUGUCCUGGACGAAAACCAGAGCAAGCUCAGUGAGGACCUCAUGGAGUUCCGGAGGGACGCAUCCAUGUUGAACGACGAGCUGUCUCACAUCAACGCACGGCUGAACAUGGGCAUCCUAGGAUCCUAUGACCCGCAGCAGAUCUUCAAGUGCAAAGGAACUUUCGUGGGCCACCAGGGCCCCGUCUGGUGUCUCUGUGUCUACUCCAUGGGGGAUCUGCUCUUCAGUGGCUCCUCUGACAAGACCAUCAAAGUGUGGGACACGUGUACCACCUACAAGUGCCAGAAGACGCUGGAGGGCCAUGAUGGCAUCGUGCUGGCACUCUGCAUCCAGGGGUGCAAGCUGUACAGUGGCUCAGCAGACUGCACCAUCAUCGUGUGGGACAUCCAGAACCUGCAGAAGGUGAACACAAUCCGGGCCCACGACAACCCAGUGUGCACGCUGGUCUCCUCACACAACAUGCUCUUCAGCGGCUCCCUGAAGGCCAUCAAGGUCUGGGACAUUGUGGGCACCGAGCUGAAGCUGAAGAAGGAGCUCACGGGCCUCAACCACUGGGUGCGGGCCCUGGUGGCCGCCCAGAGCUACCUGUACAGUGGCUCCUACCAGACAAUCAAGAUUUGGGACAUCCGGACCCUCGACUGCAUCCACGUCCUGCAGACGUCUGGUGGUAGCGUCUACUCUAUCGCCGUGACAAAUCACCACAUUGUCUGUGGCACCUACGAGAACCUCAUCCACGUAUGGGACAUUGAGUCCAAGGAGCAGGUGCGCACUCUGACAGGCCACGUGGGCACCGUGUAUGCCCUGGCCGUCAUCUCAACGCCAGACCAGACCAAAGUCUUCAGUGCAUCCUACGACCGGUCCCUCAGGGUCUGGAGUAUGGACAACAUGAUCUGCACGCAGACUCUGUUGCGUCACCAGGGCAGUGUGACUGCACUGGCUGUGUCCCGGGGCCGGCUCUUCUCAGGGGCUGUGGACAGCACUGUGAAGGUUUGGACUUGCUAAUAUGUGCAGGUGGGUCUUGGCUUCCUCUGGGCUGCCCUAGGCCUGUCCAAGCCAGGUGGGCCACACGGGUGGUCUCGGGCUCUCUGGCUGCGCUGUGCCCAGUGAGCCUCCCUCCGCUCGGCCCCAUCACUAUCGCUGCCAGGACCGCGCCCAGCCCCUCUGGGUGCCAGGUACGAAGCUCGCCCGGCCCACCCUCCAUUCACACUCCAGAUGGACUGCAGGCCUUUUUACUCACCUUUUCUACUGUUUUUAGACUGUAUAUAGAUUUGAUGACUUCCUGAUUGAAAUAAAACCUGCACAGACUGUG